CAUUGCACCUGUAAUGUCCUCGCAGACGCAAUUACGUUUGAUUCUCUAUGAGUUCUCGAGGAAAUUUCAAACGAAAUUGAGUACCCAGAAACUGCAUAGCUUUGUUACUAAGUCCAGACUCGCUCGUGAUCCCUUUUUCGCGACGCAGCUUGUCAGACUCUAUGCGCAAAACGAUGAUCUUGCGUCUGCCCGCAAACUGUUCGACGUAUUUCCUGACAGAAGCGUUUUCCUCUGGAACUCUGUUAUUCGAGCUUAUGCUAAAGCCCAUCAAUUCAGUACUGCUUUUUCACUUUUCUCUCAGAUGCUGAGUUCUGAUAGGAGACCAGAUAACUUCACCUAUGCAUGCUUAGCUCGUGGCUUUUCAGAGAGUUUCGAUACUGAUGGACUGAGGUGUAUUCAUGGGAUUGCAAUGGUAUCUGGUCAUGGAUUUGAUCAAAUUUGUGGCAGUGCAAUUGUUAAAGCUUAUUCAAAAGCUGGCCAUAUUUCUGAAGCAAGUAAGUUAUUUCUUUCAAUUCCAGAUCCAGAUGUUGCUUUAUGGAAUGUUAUGAUUUCUGGAUAUGAAUGCUGUGGGAUUUGGGAUAAAGGAAUCAAUAUGUUUAACUUAAUGCAACAUCGAGGAAAUCUACCAAAUUGUUAUACAAUGGUAGCCCUAGCAACUUGUUUGAUUGAUCCUAGUUUGCUACACAUUGCUUGGUCUGUUCAUGGAUUUUGUUUGAAAAUCAAUCUGGAUACUCAUUCUUAUGUUGGUUGUGCUUUAGUGAACAUGUACUCAAGAUGCAGGUGCAUAGCUUCUGCUCGUAGUGUGUAUAAUAGCAUCUCUGGGCCUGAUUUAGUUGCGUGUUCUUCUUUGAUAACUGGUUAUUCGAGAUGUGGGAAUCACAAGGAGGCUUUGUAUUUGUUUAAUGAGCUGAGAGUGAGUGGUAAGAAGCCGGAUUGUGUUCUUGUGGCGAUUGUAUUAGGGUCUUGUGCUGAGUUAUCAGAUUCAGUCUAUGGAAAAGAAGUGCAUGGCUAUGCUAUUAGACUAGGACUAGAGUUUGAUAUCAAGGUUCACUCAGCUCUUAUAGACAUGUACUCAAAAUGUGGGGUUUUGGAUUCUGCGAUAAAUCUUUUUGAGGGAAUUCCAGAGAAAAACAUUGUUUCCUUCAAUUCCGUUAUUUUGGGUCUUGGCUUGAACGGAUUUGCUUCCACUGUGUUUGAAAAGUUCACCGAGAUGCUUGAGAUGGGCUUGAAACCUGAUGAGGCCACUUUCGCUGCUCUGCUUUGUACUUGUUGCCAUUCGGGACUUUUAUAUAAGGGUCAAGAAAUCUUCGAGAGAAUGAAGUUUGAGUUUGGUAUUGAACCAAAAACAGAGCAUUAUGUUUACUUAGUAAAGUUGAUGGGAAUGGCUGGAAAGCUAGAAGAAGCAUUUGAGUUUGUAAUGUCACUACGAAAACCAAUUGAUUCAGGAAUUUUGGGAGCACUAUUGUCAUGUUGCGAAGUUCAUGAGAACACGCAGUUGGCUGAAGUUGUAGCAGAGAAGAUAUUGGAGAAUGGGGAAGAGAGAGGAAGAAGUGUAUACAAAGUGAUGCUCUCUAAUGUGUAUGCAAGAUAUGGGAGAUGGGAUGAAGUAGAAAGGCUUAGAGAUGGAAUUUCAGAAAGCUUUGGAGGGAAAUUGCCAGGGAUUAGUUGGUUUUAACCGCGAAAAACAACCGAGCUUCUUGCUGAUGAUGAAGAUGAAGCAGAGAAGCUCUUUCUGGUGUUUGAGGAACGUUACAGACAUAAAGAAGGAAUGAGGCAUGCCAUUGCUGGGAAGAGGAUGUUUCAGUACGUAGAUAAGGUUAGAAGAAAACCCUUGAAUUAUCGUUGUUGGUUUUGUUUGGAGUCUAAAAGUCACAAAGAUCAGAUCAGAGAAGUUUUAUGGGAUAAUUUUGAAGAUAUUCCGGUCUGAUCGGAUCUAUCUUAGGUUAGGGAGACAAACCAUUGAAUUUAUUUAUUUAUCCUUUUUUUCUUCUCA